AUGCCAUCCCCAGCGCCUAGCACAGGGCCCACGUCUGUCCCUGGUGGUGACGCCUACAGACGGCAACGUGCUACAGCAGAGUACAGCUGCCAGGAUGAUGCCCCCUUUAUAAUCACGCAGCACCGGUACCGCAGCCAGCAGUUCGCGUCGCUCUACUUCUCCCGCCUCGCCACGCUGCGACCCGUCCUCCUCGCAGCGGCGCGUCAGAAAUGGCCCCACCUGCCAGUGAGCAGUGUGUUGGAUCUAGCGGACAAGGGCGAGUGCGUGGUGGUGGGCACUCUCUACAAGCAAAUGAAGCUCAAGCCCAGCAUACUGCAGGACUACGGCCGAGAGCGCGCCAGUGCACCGCUGGUGGCGGUGGGGGGCGGCAGUCUGGUGGGGGAGGACGACAGCACGGUACUGGAGGACGAGAGGGGGCGCGUCAAGCUCGUUGGGAAUGCAUUCCUGCCCGCUGCCUGGGUCACAGGCGUGGUGGUGGCAGUGCGGGGUUGUGAGGACAGCAAGGGGAACUUCCGUGCAAUGGAGGUGCUGGAACCAGGCAUGCCGUUGCAGGAUACCUUCCCUGCUGCUUCUGCCAGUGCCAACACGGCCGCUGCAGCCAACCAGGCACCCCCACGCUACGUGGCCUUCGUAUCGGGUCUCCACCUCUCCGUACCCACCACCACCGCAUCAACCACUGCAGCAGGCGCCCCGUCGCCCUCCCCUCCGCCUGCUGCCACACCGCCAUCGUCCCAGGGGCGGGGCUCAGAGGGAGCAGAGGAGGGCGGAGGAGACGCCAUGCUGCAUAAAGAAAUGCUUUUGGACUUGCUGUCAGGCCACGUGCACUCGGAUGAGGAGGAGCGAUUGAGUGCGGGGAUAGUGCGCGUGGUGAUCGCAGGGGACUCGUGCUCCUUCUCCCACCUCCCCCAGUCCCUGCACGACACUGUUAACUCCACUUCUCUCGCACACCGUGAUGCCAAGGCCAUGGCAGCACCAGUCAAGGCUCUUGACACUUUCCUGUCCGAGCUCUCAGCAUCAGUCCCUGUGGAUAUCAUGCCGGGCGCCUGUGACCCCGCCAACUACUCCCUGCCGCAACAGCCGCUGCACCCGUGCCUGCUGCCCCAAGCCUCCCGCCGAGCCUCAGUGGUGCGUGCGACGAACCCGCACCACUUCACUCUCGGGGGGGUGCGGUUCCUGGGCACAGCCGGGCAGAACAUUCAAGACAUGCGCCGCCUCUGCCUCACUCGCCUGCUCCAUGCGCCUCCCCCUGCUGCUGCUGCAACUGAUGCUGCUGCUGGUGCUGGUGCUGCUGUAAAUGCUGAUUCUGCUACUGCUGCUGUUCCGAUGGAGGGGGUGGAACAGCAGGAGAGGGAGAAGGUUGGGAAGGGAGAUGACAGAGAGGAGAAGGGGGAGGAGGCGGAGACGGAGGAGGAGGAGGAGGCGGGUGUGUUGGAUCUGAUGCAGCGAUGCUUGGAGUGGAGACACGUUGCUCCCAGUGCUCCUGACACGCUUGGCGUGUACCCGUUUCAGCUGGACGACCCCUUUGUCCUCACCACCUGCCCACACGUUUUCUUUGCCGGCAACCAGCCACGAUUCGCCACGCGCCUUAUCCGAGGUCCCCAGAAGCAGCUGGUGCGGCUGGUUGCCAUUCCAAAUUCUUUCUCCCUCCACUUUCCUACCCCACGGUAUCUCCAAUCUUCCUUUUCCUUCCUCAUCUUCCCAUUUUCGAAUUCCCCAUCUUCCCCAACUUCCCCUUCCUUCCGCAUCCUCCUUGCACAGGUGGACCUUGACUCAUUGGAGUGCCGAGUGCUCUCGGUCGCCUGCCCUCCCUUCCCCUCCUCACCAUCACGUUCCUCAUAG